AUGGAAAAGUUCUCGCAGUUUCGUGACAAAGGGUCUGGUAUCGCUCCAUUCCUUCCCAUCCCAGCCGAGCCUGCUGGAUUCGCUCUACCAUUGCACAUCUUCCUCUUGAUCUGUCGUGUGCCGCUACUUCUGGUCUUUGCGCUCUCAUACUUUCUCGUUCUACAAUGGAUGCCUAUCGGGGUCCUGGGCAGAAAAGCUUCUUUAUGGUGCAUACUGGGUAUACCCGGUAUAUGGUGGAUUGAUCUGCAAAUCGACGGGGUGAAGAAAGGGUCCCUUGCGCAGAACAAGACGAGGAUUCCUCAAGAAGGAUCGGUCAUUGCUUCUUCGAGCGCUUCACCCAUUGACCCCUUGUAUCUGGCCGCCAUAUUUGACCCGGUCUUCGCAGCUACCUACCCCUACACGAGGCUGGUGGAACCUAUAUCCUUGUUUACAGCCAUCCGUCGGAGUUUCUCUCAUCCAAAGCUGGCGCCGACACCUGGGGCAAGACUUAUGGACAUUGAAGCAAUGCUGAAACAAAAUCCAGGCCGUGUUGUGGUGGUGUUUCCCGAAUGCACCACAACCAAUGGCAGAGGCAUCCUGCCCAUGAGUCCAAGUCUGCUGGCAACUCCUCCACAGACGAAAGUGUUCCCCGUCUCUCUCCGGUACAGCCCCGCAGACGUGACGACACCCAUCCCGCACGCUUUCUUGACCUUUCUCUGGAAUCUCUGCAGCAGACCGUCCCAUUGUCUCCGAAUCCGCAUUGCCGAGGCUGUUUAUAAUAGCAGAAAGUCCUCCGAUGCAGAUUGGACUGCCGCAGCAAAGGUAUCAUCUUCGUACACUGCAAACUACUUCGACACGUUGGUUUCGUCAGAUGGCGGAGCCAGCAGCGAUGCAGAUACACUUGUUGGCAGCGGCCUGGAAGACCAUGAAAUGUCCAUCACCAAGGAGGAAAGAGCGUUCUUGGACAAGGUUGCCGAGUCACUGGCGAGGUUAGGACGUGUCAAGAGAGUGGGACUGGGAGUCAAGGAGAAAAUCGAAUUUAUCGCUAUGUGGACGAAGUCUCGAAGGCGAUGA